AUGCCGCGUCGAUCCUCUUCGCUAACUUCGUCCGCCACUUCUGUCGCCUCGUCUUCGGCAUCGAGCGAUGGCCGUGACUCGUACAAGUCUCCGCUUUCGGCCCUGCCGGCGGUGCCCGACCUGCGCUUCGAGCAGUCCUACAUCUCGACCAUCCGCGGCUUCCUACACGAGACCGACAAAGAGCAGGCGCAGCAAGAAAAGAGCGAGGAGCUCGAUGAGAAGCGCUCUUCGGGGCAGAGAGACGAUGCCGAGGGCGAGGUCGAGGUCGGAGACGAGAGCAGCAGCGCAGCGCCCCAAAAACCACACCACCUGCAAAGGACCCGGGCAAGCGACGGCGAACGAGAGAUCUGGAUUGGCGCCCUAAGGGUCGAGUGGGUGCCGCUCCUCUACGUGACGAUCCGCGAUCAGGUUCUCUCCCCCCUUGUCCAGGGCGCCGUAUGGGGCAUCGGGUCUAUCCUCCUCGGCAAGUUUAGCGCAUUCGUCCGGACGGGCCUGCAGCAAUCGAGAGAGCAGCGAAGCCGGCAGCCGUCGCAGGCAAGACAAGGGGCUGCGUCGACAACAACGAGCCGUCAGAGGUCAGGAGGACUGCUUGAUGCUUUAGGUCUGACAGGGGCCAGGCGAAGGCCAUAG